UAACCAAAAACAUAUCUAGGGUUUUGUUCUCCCCGUUGCAGCAUCAGAGAAGGGGAAACAUGGUUUCGCUGAAACUGCAGAAGCGGCUUGCAGCCAGUGUGCUGAAGUGCGGAAGAGGAAAGGUGUGGCUUGACCCCAAUGAAGUCAACGAAAUCUCCAUGGCCAAUUCUCGGCAAAACAUAAGGAAGUUGGUAAAGGAUGGGUUUAUCAUUAGGAAGCCAACCAAGAUUCACUCCCGAUCACGUGCUCGUAGGAUGAAGGAGGCGAAGAGGAAGGGUCGUCAUUCUGGAUAUGGUAAGCGUAAGGGUACAAGGGAAGCUAGGCUUCCCACCAAGAUACUCUGGAUGAGAAGGAUGCGUGUGCUCAGACGGUUGCUUCGCAAGUACAGGGAGUCAAAGAAAAUUGACAAACACAUGUACCAUGAUAUGUACAUGAAGGUGAAAGGUAAUGUUUUCAAAAACAAGAGGGUCUUGAUGGAAAGCAUUCACAAGUCUAAGGCUGAGAAGGCAAGAGAGAAGACUUUGUCUGAUCAGUUUGAGGCUAAGCGUGCAAAGAACAAGGCUAGCAGGGAACGGAAAAUUGCACGGAGGGAGGAACGCUUAGCCCAAGGUCCCGUUGAUAAGGCACCAACAGCACCCAGUGCCCCAGCACCCCAACCUGCACAAGCGCCAAAGAAAUCCAAGAAAUGAGUAUUUUUGAUGAAUGUUUGAUGGUGCCUGAAAAUCUGUCUACAAAAGUAGUUACGAGGAGUAUGUUUUUGUUGGUUCUAGUCUUUUUUUUUGUAAGUUUUGCAUUGUACGAGAAAACAUUUUAUCUUGUAUACUUUAAACUAUAUAUUGUCAGUGUUUACUGUUUUUCGUAUUAAGAUUAACUAGUUUUGGAA